UUGAUAAUUUCCAUUAUGAGAUGUAUCUAUAACUUGUCUAUUUCAGAUGGAUUAUUUUGUUUGUCAGAGGAUGAAUUAGGAAAAUUAUGUGAUGCUGACAAACCAGAAGCAAAGGUCAGGGUGAUUCCUAUCCAACUACAGAGGUUGUUUGCAAGAUUAUUACUGAAAAAUUGUCAAAGUGUCUCAACCAAAGAUCUUACACAUAGUUUUGGAUGGAUAAAUGAUGAGCAAUUUUAUCAGAGUGAUGUACAAGAAUUGAACCGUAUAUUGUUUAGUGCAAUUGAAAGUUCAUUGGUUGGAACAAGUGGUCAUAAUCUUAUAAAACAACUAUACCAUGGAAAAUGUGUUAACCAGAUCCGGUUUUGUAAGCUGAAUGUGGCAAACCUCAUUAAAUGUAAAUUUCAGACAGCAGAAGGCGAGGACCUAGUUUAUGAACUGUUCUCUGUAGUUAUCCAUAUAGGAGGGGCUCAUGGUGGUCAUUAUCAUGCCUAUAUUAGAGACAUUGACGGCCUCGGAUAUUGGGUGACACCUGAAGAUGAAGAGAUUGUGGUCCCAACAGAUCCUUUGACAGGAAAGGUUGAUUUUAUAGAAUGUGAGUCUCCCAUUGAGCUUGUACAAGUUAUACUGAGUAGACAAAAGAACAAAGGGAUGUCUUUAGAUAAACUUCAUCAGGAGAUACUGAAACAGACUGGUUUGUCAUGGAACAAAAGAUUUAAAGGAAAAUAUGGCCCAAUUACAAAAUUCUUAAGCAAAUAUGAUGACAAGUUUAUUUUUGAUUCUACACAAAAUUAUGUAUCUCUGAAAAUAUAUGGACCCAGCAGUGACACACAAAAUAAUCAUAACGAAAAAAGUCCUCCUAAACCUUCCUCUACCAUCUCUAACAGUGACUGUCAAUGUUCAUGUGGCCAUGAUAAAAACAGAAGUAAUCCAAUUGAUGUAAACAAGGAUCCAGCCCGAAUAAAGUCAUGUGACCAGUCAUGUGAUAAAUGUGCUAGGAGUUGUGGGAUUGAUAAAUAUGCUCAGGGUGAUUCAAGGAAUAUGAACAAAGGAAACAGAGUUACAGAGAAACCACAUCCUGGUAAAGCUUGGUUUGACUUUAAUGAUUCUCGUGUACAUCCUAUAUAUGAGAAAACAAUAGAGAAACAAUUCACAGGCAAGGAGAGUGCCUAUAUGUUGUUCUACAGGAAGAAAUCUCUUGUACGGCCUAAUACAGCAUAUGGGAACAAGACUUACUGCAUGCCCGAAUUCUUGAAGACAGAAAUAACUAAAGAAAACUCGCUCCUUGAUGAAGAAAGAAAACAGUAUGAUAUAGAGAUGAACAGACUGACCCUGCAGAUACAUUUCUCCAAAUGUUACCAAUAUAGAGAGGGUGCCCUCAAACCAUUAAACAACAUGCUAGCAUGGCAGGAACUGGUUAUAGAUCAGAGACAAACAACAGCACAGUUAUAUGAGGCAGUGAUGGAGCUGGGUAUGGAAUAUUUACCCUGUGAUCAGUUUCAAAUAUCAAAGUUCAGAGAGCUACCUGCAGGGGGUCAUAUAUAUGACAAUAUUACAGAGACUGAAGAUAUGUUAAUCAAGCAUUGUGAUAUACAGGAUGGUGAUAAACUGUUUGUAUGGGACGGAGAAACAGUCAAUGACAUGUUGGUACCCACUGGUUUAGAACAGGAACCAGUUUAUAUUACUGUGAUAUAUGGAGACAAUCUACAGUUUAGUCGAGGCUUCUCCAGGUCUCUUAAAAUAACCGAUAUCAAAUCUUUAAUCUGUGAUACUAUUAGAAUGGAAACUAAAAACCUUCGACUCAAGAGAAUAUUUGGUGAUGACACAGAAGUAAAGAUGGUUCCCAUAAGUCAUAAGGAAGAAAGUCAAACCAUAGCUGAGAUAAAGAUGAAAGAUGGAGACCGACUUCUUGCUGAGGAUAUGUCUGAAAAAGGGUCCGGUUUAUCGGAGGAAAGUGUAUCUACUGCUAUAUACAGUUGUAAGUUUGUAGUACAGGUAGAAAAUAGAUGUGUAGAGCUUGGCAAAGGUGUGUUUGAUUACUCAACUAUAAGAGUUGAAGUUGACAGAACAAUUACUGUAUCUGAGCUAAAGGUUAUUGUUAUGACAAAGUUGCAUCUGGAAUCUGUGCUUGAUGGUGGACGAAUAAGAAUUAACCAUGAGUCACUAGGGUUGAGGCAGCCUUUACAUGAAGAACAGUCUAUAUUUGAGGCAGGUAUAACACAAGGGAGUCAUCUGGUGCUUGAACCUGGUCCAGCCCCAGAAUCCAAUGAGAUGACAUUAUCAUUUACAUGUGAAUUAAGUAUGUCUGGACCAGAUUAUAGUGAAGUAAUGGUUAAAAAGAACAUCACAGUUGCUUCAUGUUUACAGUGUAUAUUAGAGAGAGCUAAAAUAACAGAGGGAGAUUGGCAUUUAAGGAAGACAAAUUGGUGUGGGGAAGCAGCAGAACUUCUAGAUGACCCUGAUUCCUUACUGGAAGAAAGUCUGGUCAAUGAUGGGGAUGUGCUGUUGUUAGAACGUGGUCGUCUUCCGCCUAAGGGUUUUAUUAGGGUACCAGUAUGGCUAUAUUCUACCCCUGAAAGUGUUAAAGGUGGGAACCAGCAACAAGACAGUUUUCUGUCUAAGGUUUCAUGCUACUUUGGAUAUGGGUCAAACACAGAGGAGUCAACACGAACCGGUGAAGUAAUUUCAGACGCUCAGCCUGUUAAUAUAGGAGAAGUUGAAAUUUCCCGUGACUCAGAUUUGUCUGACCUGAAAGAACAAGUUAUGACACUUGCGAGUGAUCUACCUAUACCCACAAUAGAUUUUAUGAGACUAAGACUUGUGGAGCAGAAACGACUGUCAACUGUACUUAGAGAUAAUAACUUGACAUUAAGGAGAUUAAAGUUGACAUCUAACAGUGUGCUAGCAUUACAAAUACUGCCUGAGGAGGAACAAUUAAGAAAUGACCAAAUAGUUUUGAACAUCUGCCAAAGGAUUCCAGACACCAAGGGUUACACACCUUCAAUAGAAUUGGUUUGGGAUACAAGUAGCGGCCCUACCAUACAUAGUUUGAAACAGGCUAUAGCUAAAGUUCUGUUUUUAGAAACAGAAAAUAUGUGUAUAGCCAAACAUUUCCCUCAGAUAUUUGAAUGGAUGAUUAUUGAAAAGAAUGAUAAGCAGGGAAACAAUAAGGGAAAGAAAAAAGGACAAGUGAAGAACAACAUAAAACAAGCACCUUUCCAUAUACAUGAUGGUGAUACAAUAGGGGUGAAGGAUACAAGGUGUGACCCAAACAAUCUAGAUAAGUUUAUGACAGACGAAGAUGAGAUAGGUAAACUGAGGCUACAUGAAGAGAUGGAGGAAAAAAGGAAAAUGAGAGAAGAGCGAAAGAAGUACGAGAGUGAAUUUGGAACAAGUAAAAAACAACGUAGACCAGAAUUAGGAAUAAUAAUAAAAGUUGGGGAUUUUAGUUGAUGUAAAAUGGUGUGUAACUAUAAAAAUUCUAGCUUGUGAUAUUGACCUAUUUAAUAUUCCAUCUGUAUACAGCCAGGACAUAUGCCAUCUGUGCACAGCCAGGUCAACAGAUGCCAUCUGUCUACUGCCAGGACAUAUGUCAUCUGUAUACUGCCAGGACAGAUGUCAUCUGUCUACAGCCAAGACAUAUGCCAUCUAUAUAAAGCCA